CAUAUUAGUUUAGUCGGCACUGGGCUGUUUGAUAUAAAGUAAGUGCGUGGUGUCGGUGCAAAUAGCGGAUUAUAUAAGGGAUUUGAGCCGCGACUGCAUUGAUUUUCCAUUGGUCAUGGCCCGCAUCGUUGAGAGCAAUUUUGUGCCACUAGCGGUGGGUGUGGUCGCCGUACUCGCAGGCGCCCUGAUCGUCCAUUAUCUGCUGAAUAAAAAGUCCACGAAACCACGCCGGGAACCCAAUCGCACCGCCAGGCUGCGCACGCUUGUGGAUCCCAACGACAAGUAUCUGCUGCCACUCAUCGAAAAGGAGAAUCUGAGCCAUGACACUAGGAGAUUCCGGUUUGGAUUGCCCUCCAAGCAGCACGUCCUUGGCCUGCCUGUUGGUCAGCACAUUCAUCUGAUUGCCACCAUCGACAAUGAACUGGUGAUUCGGCCAUACACACCUAUAUCGUCCGAUGAGGAUGUGGGCUACGUCGACCUAGUCGUCAAGGUGUACUUCAAGGACACGCAUCCCAAGUUCCCGGCCGGCGGUAAAAUGACGCAACACCUGGAGCAGCUCGAGUUGGGGGACAAGAUCUCGUUCCGCGGACCCUCGGGUAGGCUACAAUAUCUCGGCAAUGGCACCUUCUCCAUAAAAAAGUUGCGCAAGGAUCCGCCCAAGCUCGUGUCCGCCAAGCGGGUCAACAUGAUUGCCGGCGGCACUGGCAUUACUCCAAUGCUCCAAUUGGCCAGAGAAGUGCUCAAGCGCAGCGACAAGGAUAAGACUGAACUGGCGUUGCUCUUCGCCAAUCAGAGCGAAAAGGAUAUUCUGCUGCGUGCGGAGUUGGACGAACUGGCCGAGAAGCAUCCUGACCAGUUUAAGGUCUGGUACACAGUUGACAAGGCCGGCGAAGGUUGGCAGUACAGUGUUGGCUUCAUCAAUGAGGACAUGAUCGCCGCCCACCUGCUUCCGGCCAAUGACGAUACCAUUGUGUUGCUUUGCGGCCCACCACCUAUGAUUAACUUUGCCUGCAAUCCGUCGCUGGACAAGCUUGGCUACCACCCGGACACCCGUUUUGCCUACUAAUAUAAUGGGCAUUAUAGGACGAAAUUGCAUUUUAGUUUUGUUAUAUUCCUCUUUAUAUGUUGCCUCUUACCAGCUCAUCUAAAGCCCAGUUCGCCCAGAUUUCGGCAUAGAGUCAAUGUGAUCGACAGCCAAGCGAAUAAAAACCUUAAUUAGUGUAAA